AUGCAAGAGAUUGAUUCAUCGGAGACAACAAACAAAAAGACCAAUAGCCAAGAGGAAAAACCUUCUUCCAGCGACAUUGUUUCAUCAUCAUCGACAACUAGUUCAAAAAAUGUUUCUACCUCGGGAGCUAACUCGGAAGGCGCCCAACAAGAACAAUCAGACUUGGCGAAUAGAAUUAUGAGUUUGAUGAUUAUGAUUUCAGUAGUGGUUGUUGCGUUUUGGCUAAGAUCUCAAAAUAAGAAUAAGAGCCAAGUUGAUGUAUUGGAGAGAAAAUUAAGUGUGUUUGUAGUUCCCGAAUUAUUUGUAACCGGAUCAGAGGGAAGUCAACGAAGGGAUAAUAUUGAUUCUCUUGUUGUGUUGAAUCACAAAUGGCUAAUUACUACUGCAAAAGCUACAAAUUCUUUGUUUGUUUUCGAUGCCAAAACUGGUGAAUAUUUAUUUACAAAACACCUUAAAACUGGUGAUUAUGAAGCAAACAGACCAAAUGGUAUUACCCUUUAUAAGAUAUUCAACAAAGAUUUUUUGUUUGUUACUGAAAGAGAUGGAAAGAGAGUAUGCAUUGUCGAUAUUGAAAGCGACUUUAAGAUCCUUUAUUCAUUUGGAAAUGAAAUACUUCAACGACCAUAUGCUUUGGAUAUUAUCAAAACAGAAAAGCUCAUAGGCCCAAACUCUGAACAUUAUCAUGUAUUUGUGACAGACAACUAUAUGAUACAAGAUGAGAAGGGUAAACACAAAAUAGUGCCUCCACAACAUUUGCUCGACAAAAGAGUUCAAUUAUUCGAAGUCGUAGCAUCUAAAAAAGAAAACUCAGAAAUAACUUUUGAGGCAUCUUACUCCAAGAAGAUUGGAAGUAUUACAGAAAAUGUGGGUGCUUCUGGAGCUUUGAAUAUUGUAGAAACCAUUGUGAUCGAUGAAGCAUACAAUAGAUUGCUUAUUGCGGAUGAGCACGAGCUCAACGUUAAGAUUUAUAAUUUCAAAUCACAUGACUUUUCUGGAGAGACAUUGGGGCUAACUACCACUCAUGAACCUUCAGAUAAUUCUAAAUGUCCAAAAAACUUCUUUUUUGAGGGAGAACCUGAAGGAUUUGUCAUAUUUUCAUGUCAAACUACACAACCAGCAAGAAAUGUGAAAACAGGAUUUUACAUUUUUACAGACCAGUUAGACAAGAGAACCAAGUUCCAUAUUGUGAGGCGAGACAAUUUAUGCUAUGUCGCAUCAUUCAUGGGCAAUGUUGUCUCUAAAACAGAUGGUGUUACCAUCGAUGAAACUCUAGGAAUUUUCUAUGCUGUGCAUAAUGACAGUGUUAUUGGAACGUUCAAGCUGGAUGAUAUCGUACAAAAUGUUGUCAAGAAAAAUCUUGACUCUUCUGAAUUUAAAAAGAUUUGCCCUCGCUAG